AUAUUGGGAGUGACUAAGUCUAAGUGAGUGUGUGUCGCGAGUAAGAAAAUUAUAAAUAAAUACAUAAAAAGCCACAGAAAAGGCCAAACAUCCAUUGCAUUAGUUAACGCACGUAGAGUGCCUUGUGUUCAAUAAAGAAUUACGAUUGAUCGACGCCUAUUUGCAAUCGAAUUGAUAUAAUUUUUCUUUUCUUUAUAUUGUCCCGAUUACAACCACAAAUAAAAGUGUACAAAGUGUGAGAGCAAAAUACACGAAUAAAAAAGAAAAACACAAAGAAACGGCGGCGCGCAAGGAUUAUUGGAUUUUACCAUACACACACUUACGCACCCCAAUCGCUUGGAGCAGGAGUAACAAAACAUUAGUAAAAACACAACAAAAUGGGUGCAAGGGAAGACGAAUACGAUUAUCUCUUCAAAGUUGUGCUUAUCGGUGACUCUGGCGUCGGCAAAAGUAAUUUGCUGUCACGUUUCACGCGCAAUGAAUUCAAUUUGGAGUCCAAGUCGACAAUUGGCGUUGAGUUUGCAACGCGCAGCAUAGAGGUCGAUGGUAAAACAAUUAAGGCGCAAAUUUGGGAUACGGCCGGACAAGAGCGUUAUCGGGCCAUUACCUCAGCGUACUAUCGCGGUGCUGUUGGUGCACUGCUCGUCUACGAUAUUGCAAAGCAUUUGACGUACGAGAAUGUGGAGCGAUGGCUGCGGGAAUUGCGUGAUCAUGCUGAUCAGAAUAUCGUUAUAAUGCUGGUGGGCAAUAAGUCCGAUUUGCGACACUUGCGCUCGGUGCCGACGGAUGAGGCGAAACUGUUUGCGGAGCGCAACGGUUUGAGUUUCAUAGAAACCUCAGCCCUAGACUCGACGAACGUUGAAACCGCAUUCCAAAAUAUACUCACAGAGAUCUAUCGUAUUGUGUCGCAGAAACAGAUCAGAGAUCCACCGGAAGGCGAUGUGAUUCGUCCCUCGAAUGUGGAACCCAUCGAUGUAAAGCCGACUGUUACAGCUGAUGUACGCAAGCAGUGUUGUCAGUGACCGCCCCAAGGAAUCGCCGCCGCCGCAGCAGCAGCAGCCCCCCGCAACAACAGCCAGAACAGUAAUAGCAAGAGUAAAUGCAACAGCAACAACAACAACACCAACAUCAAUAAUUACAACUAUAACAACAACGGCAUUAGAUGUUAUUUUUUAAGCCACAGCCACAACAAGCAGUUUGUCAUGUAUGCAUAAAAAAUCAACUACCAACAAUAACCGCAACAUCAAAAAACAACAUCAACAUCCGGCUGUAGUUAACUGCAGUUUAAACUGAAGUUUUAUAUAUAUAAAUAUAAAUAUUAUAUGGCUCCUUGAUGUCUGAAAUAAAAAUAUUAAAAAAUACGAGAACACCACUAAAACACUCCAAAUUCAGUUUAAGCUGUAGAUGUAACUAUAAUUUAUAUAAAUAUACAUAAAUGCUAAUAUUAAAAAAUAUUAAUAUUAAUUUUCGCAACAUAUUAAAUAUAUAGUUGUAAUUUUCAAAGAAAAACAUACAAACAACCACAAACAAUUGCUACGUACGUUCUAUUAGGCGCCGCAUUGUUUUCCAGCAAAUUAGACAUAUUUAACUCUGGCCCUAUAUCAUUAAUGUCUAUUUAAUUGAAAUUUACCUCUUUACCUAUUCCCGAUUUGUCAGCGUCGGAGCUGCUUUUGUCGUUGCAAAAUUCCUUUUAUUUUCGGUUAAUGUAAUACCUGUUUUUUACGUAUGAGAAAUAAAAGUGAACUUAAAUCUAUAAA